GUCGGUAUCCUGUUCCUCCCCGUCGUAGUCAUGGCGACAAACAGUAGACGGCCACGAGGGGGGCAACUCCCUCCAUUCGUGCCAGUGCCUGCCCACAAGCAAGCAGAACUGAGGCGAACACAUGUGGUGUGGGAGUGGGCGGAAAGGGGGCAGGAGUGGGGGUUGACGGGCGGAGGCAACUUUCUCCUGCGCUGCCGACUGUGUGGGGAGGUGUUCACUGGUUCGAGGUCCAGAGCAGUGGAGCACUUCGCAAAACCGAAGGCACACUGCCCCCGACAGAAAAAGCAGAUUUUGUAUAGACUGCAAGCGGAUGGUGCUUUGUUGAGGGAUGCAUUGUCACUCAGACUGACUGCUGAGCACACAGACAGGAUGGAUGGAGAACUUGCCGCCGAGGACCUGAGGGAGUUGGACGAGCCAUGUGACCCGGUGCGGGAUUGUGCAAGAGGAGUUGGAGAUGGUGAUUGUGGUGAGGGUGGUACACAGCAGGGGCAGGAUGCUGGGACUGUGACAGAUGAGUUGCGGGGCGUUGAAGGUGUAGGAGAUGGUGGAGGGGAUGGAGGGGGAGCUCAGGUUACUGUCACGACGGCCACCACCUCCACACAGGUGGUGCCGAGGAGGAGACAGACGACCCUAGAUAUUCAUCUAGGGAGCAAGGUCCAACACGAUCUUGAUCGUCUGUUGGCCCUUGCUAUCUAUCGAGGUGGAGUGCCCUUCAACUGGUUGAGGUUGAAGGAGACGCAAGACUAUUGGAACCACAUAGUCACACUCCUGCGUCCUUCGAUCGUGCCGGUGCCACGGCUGCUGACAUACGAGGGAGUCCGCACAAGGAUGAUGGACAUCACUUUCCACGAGGUAGCAGCCCUCAUUGCACCUAAAAAGGCAAAGUUCCUAAGGGAUAUGGACAGGGAUGGGUCAUCACCCACAGGAUUGUGGGAUUUGGAGAGCAUAUUGCGGGGGAGGGUCAGGGGCCUUGGAUUGACAGAGGAUGAGAGGAGGGCGAUCAUGGAUAUCAUAUCCGACAGAUGCAUGAUGAUGCGUCAGCCUGCCCAUGCGGCUGCGUAUCUGUUGGAUCCUCGUCGUCGUGAUAUCUCGUUGCUGACGGACCGCAGCAGCCCAGUCGUGCACAGCACACUAGACCACUUGGCUCGCUGUCAGGGUGCAGAGGAGGAGAUGAUUGGGAGGGAGGGUCAUCAUGCGGAUGAGAGGCUGGAGGACACACACCACGUGUGCCAGGUCGCUGAGCAGGUUGUACAUCGAGGCGGCGGUUCACAGAGCAUCACUCAGUCGGUUGUCCAGAGGGUCGUGCUACGUGGCAAGGAUGGUGAUGGACUGGUGGCGGGCGGAGGUGGAGAGCGUAGGGUGAGUGACGUCAUUCGUCCUACUGUGGUUCAGACCUCGAAGCAGAGGAUUGGUUGUGCUUCCUCAGCGCACGUGAGCCAGAGGGUGGAUGACAGGGCGGACCUAUUACCAGCGUCUGUCGCAGAGCUUGGUGCGGAGCAGAGGGUGGAGCAGAGGGUAGAUGAGAUGGUGCAGGACAGGGCGGAGCCGAUGGCUGACCAGAGGAUUGAACACCGGAGAGAGCGGAGGGAUGAACACAGCUUGGAGGUUCAGGUUGCUACAGAGGAUGGGGGGGGGAGGGAGAGUGAUGUUAGACUGUCGACUGCCUCAUUCUAUGGGAUUCCGCCCAUGCCCACACGCGCCACACCAUCACUCGAUGCAGCAAGUGUUCAUCUUCUCGGCAGAUCGACGACAGUUGGACGUCAUGGUGGUGGCACUUCAUCUCCCGCAGUGUCCUCUGGCAGUUCCCUACACCACCCCCCAUUGGUGACUUUACGACGCCCGGCUGCGCACACGAGUAGAGCAUCCACUUCGUCAGAGGCGGCUGCCCCUCCUGUGCGUAGUCCAUCAGGCGUGCCACCGCUUCUUGCACGACUUCCAUCAGCCAUUGUUGAUAAUGUGAAGACAAGUCGUGCAGGCAGGAAGAGGAGGAGGGAGGAUGACGGAGGCGCAUUACCACCUACUCCACGAUCGCAGGGUGGCACAGGCAGACCUCGUGGUCGCCCGCGAGGCUCAGGAUCAGGCAGGGGUCGAGGCAGGGGUCGUGAUUCAUGGGCGNCUCCACGAUCGCAGGGUGGCACAGGCAGACCUCGUGGUCGCCCGCGAGGCUCAGGAUCAGGCAGGGGUCGAGGCAGGGGUCGUGAUUCAUGGGCGAUGAGUGCAUUGGGGGCAGAUGACGCGGGUAAGGACGAUGUUGGGCAGGACACCACUGCAUGCACUGAUGUGAUGGUGGGUGUUCGCACGAGGUCUCAGGCCUCGAGUGGAGUUCGCAAUACGAAAUCCACUCGUAUCAUUGACGACGAUUCAGAUGCCGCCUUAAGUGAUGGUCUUUCUGGUAGUGACUACGUGGAUGAGAGGGAUAGUGAGACUCGUGCCCGGGGAGAGGACCAAAGUGGAGAUGACGAUAGCUCAGAUGGUAAUGGGCACGAGGAGGACUAGAGGGAUGUUCACUACUGAUCUGAGGGAUGUGUUCUGUCAUCGAUGGCUGUAGCAUGGAACUUGGGCUUUGAUGUUUCAAUUUCGUG